AUGCCUCCACAUAUGUUGUGGUUGCUGGCAGUACUGGUCAGCGCAGGGGAUGUGUGUCACUGCCGGACAUACUCCUGUCCAGCGAUCUGCCAGUGCACAACAGAACGAGUCAGCUGCAACAGGCACACUCAGGAGAAUUCUCAAGCUACGUCUGUAACAAGCAAAUUGAGAUUAACUCACCUGCCUUUCAGAGACGUGCAGAGCGGAACUUUCAAAAAGCUUAUCAACGUGACGAGAAUUGAAAUUUCCCAAAGUGACUCAAUCAGGACCAUACAAGGCAAGGCAUUUCUCUCCAUUCACAGCCUUGAAGAAAUUUCAAUACAGAAUAUUAAUCAACUGAUGGCCAUUGAAAAUGGUGCCUUUACUGACUUGCCUAAACUACGAUACCUAAGCAUCUGCAACACAGGUGUGAGACAUUUUCCAGACCUUUCCACCAUCUCCUCAAUGGAGCUAUUUUUCUUCCUGGAGCUUGGAGACAACAUGCGGAUAAACAGCAUACCAGCCAAUGCAUUUCAAGGCAUAUCCAAAGAAGACAUGUAUAUGAACCUUGUCAGAAAUGGAUUUACUGAGAUAAAAUCACACGCUUUCAAUGGGACGAGGCUGGAUAAGGUAAUUCUGAAAGACAACAUGCAUCUUAGUAAAAUCCAUAACGCUGCCUUUGAAGGGGCUGUAGGACCAGCUGUUCUAGAUGUCUCAUCCACUGCGCUCCAAGCACUUCCCACCUGGGGACUGACUGCGGUGAAGGUUCUAAAAGCACGGUCUACACCUGCUCUCAAGACACUACCCCCAUUGGAGAACCUUCUAGAUCUACAGGAGGCUGAGCUCACCUACCCCAGCCACUGUUGCGCCUUCCACAACCGGAGACUCCACAACAGGGAGAAGACCACAAUUGGCCAGUUUAAAAACCUAACCAAGCUAUGCAAUAAGGACAACCAGCCUGAUUUCACUGACGUAUCGGGUCAAGAGCUCUCUGACCUUCAAGAAAUCAACUUUCACUAUCCUGACAUGGAGCUGUGCAUCAAUAGCAGGCCCUUUAAAUGCAGCCCAAAGCCCGACGCCUUCAACCCCUGUGAGGACCUGCUGGGUUAUGACUUCCUUCGCUGCAUCACCUGGGUCAUCACUGCCUCUGCGCUAAUGGGCAACCUGGCUGUGCUGGUUGUCCUACUCUCUAGCCCUCAGAAGAUGACUGUCUCCAGGUUCCUCAUGUGCAACUUGGCCUUCGCAGACCUGUGCAUGGGCCUUUACCUGCUGCUCAUCGCCCUUGUGGACCACUGGUCCCGCCGAGAAUAUUACAACCAUGCCAUGGCCUGGCAGACGGGCACUGGCUGCAGUGUGGCAGGCUUCCUUACGGUCUUUGCCAGCGAGCUGUCUGUCUACACUCUGACCACCAUUACCCUUGAGCGCUGGCACACCAUUACCAAUGCCAUGCAGACCGACAGGAGGCUCAGACCACGACACGUGGUGGCCAUGAUGGCCGCAGGCUGGGGCUUCUCCCUCCUGGUGGCUCUGCUCCCCGUGUUUGGGGUCAGCAACUACUCUAAGGUGAGCAUUUGCCUGCCCAUGGACAUCGAAACACCAGCUUCACAGGGCUAUGUGGUGGCCUUGCUGGUCUUGAACAUGGCAGCCUUCUUGACUGUGUGCGCCUGUUAUGUGGGCAUCUACUUAAGCGUGCGCAAACCAAACAUGGCAACACGCCACGGCGACACGAGGAUAGCCAAGCGUAUGGCCGUGCUCAUCUUCACAGACUUCCUGUGCAUGGCACCAAUCUCUUUCUUUGCCAUUUCCGCUGCAAUGCGCAUGCCUCUGAUCACGGUCUCGCAGUCCAAAAUCCUCCUGGUCCUUUUCUACCCCAUCAACUCCUUGUGCAAUCCGUUCCUGUACACUAUAUUCACCAGAGCCUUUCGCAGGGACAUGUACAUGCUUCUGAGCCGCUGUGGCUACUGCCAGAUGCAGGCAGAGUUCUACAGACUGCAGGGUCUCUCAGGAGUUGCUUUGGAUCCCAGGAACAAGAGGUCGAGGAAAAGCCAUUCGAACCAGUUUCAGGGGUAUCACAUUAAGCUGCGGGGCUGUUUCAUCAGUAAAGGUGCAACAUGAGCCUCUU